GAGAUCGUUUCUAACGAUCCGCUUCGUCCCGUUGCAUCGUGGACGAGACGCGAUGCAACGUGUCUGGAGCCAGAGUCUCGGGCCGUGACACGCUCGAGAACCGAUCGAGUUUCCGUGUGCGCCGCGAACCCGAUUCUCCUCGGGUCGUGCCUUAUCGCGUACCGGUGCCCCCGAGUAAGUGAGAUUCGGGCAAACGCCGCUCUGCUACCUACGUCUUGCGGUCCCGAGGCUGGCCAGAAGAAGAACAACGUCCGAGGGGCUUUGCGCGUGUUGGUGACCGUGCGAGAGAACAACCGGCGGGACAACACACCGGUGUGUCGGCGGCGCGGCGGUGUAGUGGUGGUGGCAAGCGGCAGUGGUGGUGGUGGUGGUAACGUUAGAGCCAGCGAGAAGUCGCAGGCAGGCCAGUGGCGACUGUCGGGACUCCCUCGCACGCGUAUCCGAUGAAAGAGGCUCGGACGCACGAGGCGGCCAGUCAGUACAUCGUCGACCGCGAUCGAGCGAGGACUCGGUGCGCUUCGGAGCUUUUUCUACCUGGAGCAUCGAUCCGGUCGAUCGUUCGUUCGUUCUUUCGAACACCAGUUGUGCGGCGGGAUCUCCUCUGCUCGCGGCAGGACAAGCAGUUUGUCACAGUGGUUCGAGACAUUUGGAUUAGUCGGGUCUGCUGCGCCGCCGAGGCGAGCUGUAGGACAAGGGAAGGAACGUCUCUGCUAUACACGUGUGCAUGGGAUCCGGCCCGCAGGGAGCCAGUGCAUCGCGCCGCAAUACACAGAGUGCGCGUUCAGUGAUCGAGAUCCGUAAAGGGUUGUGAACGCGCGUUCUCCGAUACCAGCCGAACAAUGACCACCCAUCGCGUAGUCGAGUCCACCUCCGAGCUGUCCGCUCUGAUGAAAGCCGGGGUCAUGGCCGGUUCCGAUCGGGACGCUGGUUUCUCGAGCGGAGCGGACGAGGACGACAUGUCGGGCCUGCACUCGCCGAGCGCCUCGGAGGACAGCCUGGAGGUCCAGGUGACGCCGAUAUCGUUGAGGAAUAAGAGGAAACUGGCGGAACCGCGGAAGAUCCAGGAGCCGAGCACCGCGCCGUUGAAGAAGAGGCGAUUCGAGCGGGUCGAGGAGACGCCGGUGGUGCCCGACGACGAGGAGACCAGGACCACCAGCUCCCCGUUCAGACCGUGGAGCAGCUCGAGCAAAACCGUCGAGACGACGAGCUCGUCGUCGACCAUCGUCGCGGAGAAGGUUCAACCCGCGCCGACGAUCGUCGCUGCUCCGCCGGUCGGGUUCGAGCCGAUCGCGUCGGCCGCGGCCAACGACAGGCAAGAACAGGAGGCUUUCCAGGCUCGUAGGGAGUCGCAGCGAACGGAGGAUCCGGCGACGAGGCUUCGGCACUCGGCGCAGUCUCGGCUGUCCCGAAACGACAGACGAGAUCAUCCUGCUGGACCGAAAGCCGAGGCGGCGGCCUCGGCCAGCAACGCCGCGAACGCGGGCUCGACGUCGAACGGCGGCGUCGCGGCCACCGCGCAUCCCAGACUGCAAGAGGAACCCUUGUCGCUGGUCCUCAGGGGAGAGGUGGAGAGCAGGGUGCCGUCGCAUCCGGCCGUCAACGGAACCUACGAAAGGACGUAUCCGGUGGAUCGGGUGAACGUCUCGUCGGCGUCGUCUUCCUCCUCCUCGUCGUCCUCCUCUUCCUCCUCGACCUCCUCGUCGACCGCCUCGACGUCGGCGUCGUCCUCGUGUCUACUGCUGAAUCGCCAAGAAAACCGUCGGCCGGCCGUCGCGUCGAACGACGGCGAUUCACCGCCGACGGUGCCGACGAACGCGCAGACGAACCACGCGAGGCAACACUCGUCGGCCGGCCAGCAGAGGAACUACAAGAACAUGACGCGCGAGAGAAGGAUAGAGGCGAACGCCCGUGAAAGGACCAGGGUGCACACGAUAAGCGCCGCGUUCGACACCCUGAGACGCGCCAUACCGGCCUAUUCCCACAAUCAAAAGCUGUCGAAGCUGUCCGUGCUGAGGAUCGCUUGCAGCUACAUCAUGACUCUCGGCAAGAUCGUCGGCACCCCGGAGGGAGAGUCGACGAACACCGCGUCGCUGGGGGCUUGCGUGGAUCUCGUGUCGAGGACCAUCCAGACGGAGGGCAAGCUCAGGAAGAGGAAAGAAGACUGAACGAGCCCGGGAGAACGCGGAGAUCCAACGAACUUCUAUAUCUCGCAGACGGACGCCCGACAACGGCGCCCCCAUCGAAGCGACGAGGCCGGCUCUGUCUUCGAGUCGCGUCGCUUCGCCUCGCUUGCCUCGCUAUCACAAUGCUGCAAAUCUAACCCAGACGCGGACCGUAAGGGGGUCCAACGACGAUCGUGCAAUUCACCGAAUUCGAACGCUUCGAGGUUCGGUCGAAGGAACCGGGACGACGGCGGACAACGUGGCUCGCCGGGUCCAGGAGAGAAACGGAACCGUGGAGUCGGUGGUGCGCCACGACCCAUAGAAAUGCGUCCCAUCGAACGAGAUGAUGUCGCGUGAAUCUAAUGUUCCACGUUGUAAGAGGAUGUUGAGCGUUUGCGGGCUCGCUUUCGUCGAACUUCAGACAAAUAAAAGGCAAAACAACACUCGAAA